GUUGGAUUGCGGCUGCACGUUUGGAGGAGGUAGCGGGAAAACUCGCUCAGGCGCGAACGAUCAUUUCCAAGGGAUGUGAGGAGUGUCCUAAAAACGAGGAUGUUUGGUUAGAGGCUGCACGAUUAAAUAACCCUGACGUAGCAAGAACCAUAUUGGCAAAUGCUGUUCAGCAUCUUCCACAGUCUGUCAAGAUAUGGUUACAAGCUGUAAGAUUGGAAACUGACAUGAAAGGUCAAAAAAAAGUUUUACGAAGAGCUUUGGAGUUUGUUCCCAAUUCGGUAAAGCUUUGGAAAGCUGCUGUUAACAUGGAGGAAAACCCAUCAGAUGCACGUAUUCUUCUGGCGCGCGCUACAGAACUAGUUCCCCUCUCUGUUGAUUUAUGGCUAGCUUUGGCAAGACUUGAAAGUUACGAUAACGCAAAAAAAGUUCUAAAUCGUGCACGUACGAAUAUACCCACAUCUCAUGAAAUUUGGAUAGCAGCCGCAAGACUUGAAGAGCAGCAAGGUAAUGAAAAGAUGACAGAUAAGAUUAUAUCUCGCGCUGUUACUGUGCUUUCCGAAAAAGGAAGUGUUCUUGGUCGAGAUCAGUGGCUUCAGGAAGCCGAAAAAUGCGAAAAGGAAGGUAGUGUUGGUACUUGUCAAGCGAUAGUUAAAAACACUAUCGGUAUGGGUGUAGAGGAACAAGAUAGAAAAACCAUUUGGAUGGAGGAUGCAGAAAGUUGCAUUUCGCAUGGAUCGAUUGAAACGGCCAGGGCCAUAUACGCGCAAGCUCUAAAAUCUUUCCCUGGGAAAAAGUCGAUUUGGAGGAGAGCAGCAUUCUUAGAAAAGUCUCACGGCACAAGGGAAUCACUUGAAGAGUUGCUUCAGCGUGCUGUCAGGUUUUGCCCUCAGGCAGAAGUUCUGUGGCUUAUGGGUGCUAAAGAAAAGUGGCUGGCGGGUGAUGUUGAUGGCGCUCGUUUCAUCUUAACCGAAGCUUUCAAGGCAAAUCCAAAUAGCGAACAAAUUUGGUUGGCAGCGGUAAAACUCGAAGCAGAAAAUGGAGAAUAUGAACGUGCAAGAAUGCUACUACAAAAGGCUAGAGAACAAGCAGGCACCGAAAAAGUUUGGAUGAAAUCCAUUGUUUUGGAACGACAACUCGGUAAAAUUGCAGAAGCAUUGGCAAUGCUAGAAGAAGCCUUGGCCAAAUAUCCUACAUUUGAUAAGCUGUGGAUGAUAAAAGGUCAAAUUGAAGAUGAAAAAGGAGAACUACCUACGGCACGAGAAACGUACAGUAAAGCCGUCAAGAGUUGCUCGAAAUCAGUUCCUCUGUGGAUACUAGCCUCUCGUUUAGAAGAAAAAGCUGAUCUUUUAAUCAAGGCUAGAGCCACGCUUGAAAGGGGUCUCUUGUGGUCCGAGGCAAUUUUCAUGGAGCCUCGUCCACAACGCAAGACUAAAUCGGUGGAUGCACUUAAGAAAUGUGAUAAUGAUCCCGUCGUCGUCACGACUGUUGCUCGAUUGUUCUGGGCUGAGCGUAAAGUAGAUAAAGCACGCACUUGGUUUGAGAAGGCGGUGAAGGUCGAUCCUGACCGCGGGGACUCUUGGGCGUGGUUUUACAAAUUUGCUUGUCAACAUGACAUGGAGCAAAAUCAACAGGAUAUCAUUUCGCGAUGCGUGGCGGCCGAGCCGCACCAUGGUGAACAAUGGCAAGUCGUAGCAAAGGACAUGAAAAAUGUUGGUAAGAGUAUAGAAGAAAUUCUCAAAUUAGUCGCUGAUACUCUCUCCUGA